GCAUGGCUAAUUCCUUCUUCUCUUGUUUUCAUAUUUCCCUUUUAAUCUCCUUGCCACUCCUGUUGCCUUUGCUCCCCUCCCGUGGGGGGUCCUUCAAUUAAUUCAUGCUAAUAUUUGAGGGACCCUUCGGCCCUUUUCUCUCAUUUUCUGGCAUUGUUGUUUUUAUUAUUCAUUUUAUUUACAUCAAAACAACAUUCAUUGUCCAGAAAUUUUAAUUCAUCUUCAUUUUUGUUUAUUAAUAUAUAAUAAGCCUUUUUGUUGGUUCUUUAGUAUAUUGUGGAUAGUUGGUAAGCAUGAAUUGCUUCCCGUGUUGUGGUCCCCAAAAAAAUAAGAAAAGCAAUAGUAAGAGAGAGCAUGGUUCUACAACGCCACAAGAAACUACACCUGCAUCAAAAGCACCUGAUAUGAAGAAACAAAAGGGAGAUGAGCAACAAAACCAAGGAGGAGGAGGAGGAGGCGACCCAACAAAUCUUAAUGCACAAAAUUUUACAUUUCGUGAGCUAGCAACAGCAACAAAAAAUUUCAGACAGGAAUGUCUCCUAGGUGAAGGAGGCUUUGGAAGGGUCUACAAAGGGAUCAUUCCUACAACUGGACAGGUUGUGGCUGUGAAGCAACUCGAUCGACAUGGGACAGAAAACAGCAAGGAAUUUUUGGCUGAAGUUGCAUCGCUGAGCCAUUUGCACCAUGAAAAUCUAGUCAAUCUUAUUGGUUAUUGUGCUGAUGGUGAUCAACGUCUUUUGGUAUAUGAAUACUUUCCUGCAGCUACUCUUGAAGACCGUCUUUUUGAGAAUAAAACAGAUCAACCACCAUUAAACUGGUUUGAAAGAAUGAGAGUAGCAGCAGGUGCUUCAAACGGACUAGAGUACUUGCAUGACAGUGCCAACCCCCCAGUUAUAUACCGUGACUUGAAAGCAUGCAACAUUUUGUUGGAUAAUAAUCUUAAUGCAAAACUAUAUGAUUUUGGAAUGCAUAGGCUUUCUGGUGGUGACAAGAUGAACCAUGCACCCCCAAGAGUUAUGGGUACAUAUGGUUACUGUGCUCCUGAAUAUACAAGAACAGGUCAAUUCUCCUCGAAGUCGGAUGUAUACAGUUUUGGAGUUGUCUUGCUUGAACUUAUCACUGGACGACGUGCCAUUGACACCACAAGACCUAACGAAGAGCAAAAUCUAGUUUCAUGGGCACAACCCUUAUUCAGGGAUCCAAAAAGAUAUCCAGAUAUGGCAGAUCCACUUUUGAAUAAAAAUUUCCCAGAAAAGGAUCUGAAUCAAAUUGUUGCAAUGGCAUCCAUGUGCUUACAAGAGGAACCAGAUGCCCGUCCUUUGAUCGGUGACGUUGUAACGGCUCUGAGUUUUCUUUCCACUGCUCCAACACAACCAAUUCCACCUUCAAUCCCCACAGCCACCUCUGUCUCUAAGCAUAGUGUUGCCAGUGAAAGCGAAGCUGAAAGUGGAAGUGAGAGUGGAAGUGAGAGUGGAAGUGAAUCAGAAGGAGAAAGUUCAGAAGAUGAAGGUUCUCGCCAUGAAGACAAUGGAACUGCCCAAAAUCAUGUUGCAGUUGCAGUUAGUAAAAAACAUAAAGAAAAUGAUGUCUCAGAAAAUAAUAAAAAUACUAAUAGCCAUCCUCAACAAAAGUUGCCUUCGAAAUCAAGCCGAAAAAGCAGCACAAAAUCAAGGAAUGAAACAAUCAGUAAAGAUUCAGCAGAUGGAAGUGCAUCUUCUAGUGGAAAAAGCAGUAGCAAAAAAUGGCAAAGCUUUGUUGGUAAUUUAAGCCAAAAGAAAAGCAGCAAAAAAUCUUCUGUCAAAGAGUUAAGCCAAAAGAGCAGCAAAAAAAAAUCAAUCAAAGAUGUAAGCAAGAAAAGCAGUAGAAAAACUUCUAUCAGAGAGUUAAGCAAUAAGGUUAGUGGAAAAUCUUCUGCUCGAGUUUCGAGCCGCAAGGAAUCUGAAGAUGGAAGCAUGAUUUCGUCUCAAAGAAGUGCCUCAUCAAGCCAUUAUACUAGCAGUGGUAUGUCGGAGCGUAGCAGCAGCCGAGGAAGUGGGAGUGUUCACUCAGACAUUAAUGGUAGCAAAAGGACAAGCAUGCGAUUAGGCAUGGAAUCUGAUGAGGGAAGCGAUCGUCCUUUCGACCGCAUGAGCAGCAGUGGAUCGGAUCGGUGAAGAGGGGAGUGUAAAGUGUUCCCUUUGUGAUGAAAUUAUCAAGCUUUGGUUUCCACAUGCAAUGUUGAAGAAUAGGCAUGCACAUACUUUGACAUGGGGCUUUGUAUUUUGCUGCAUCAUGCAGCAGAAGCUUAUAGAAACUCAAACUUGAAAAAUCAAGCAUCCUUAAAAUGUAUUGUUUUGUUUAGUAGGCUUCAUAUGUACUAUUCAUAUCAACCUUUGGUUCAAGGACUAGAGUGAAAACAAUUGUGAAUUUUCGUAGGGCAAUUGUUGCCAUUAUCGGAAGAAUUAUCCCUCUUGUUUUGCAUUGUUGUCCUUGCUAUGUAUUGAUCAUUUGAAAAUUACUAACAUUUUCUUGUAAUAUUAUAUGACAAUUCUAAUGUUAUUAAU